UCCAAAAUUCAAAAAACAGGAAGAAAAAUUAGUAAAUUCUUUUGCUUCUUUGUGUUCUUAGUUGGUAUUCUCAGAUUUGUAGGAAUGGUUUUAGGUUGGAGAAGAAGCAAAAUCUCUCACCAUGCUGGUAAAAAGCAUCCUGACGUAGAGCUCGUGGUCCCGAAUCAUUUUCGAUGCCCGAUAUCACUUGAAUUAAUGAAGGAUCCUGUCACAUUGUCUUCUGGGAUAACAUAUGAUCGUGAAAGCAUUGAAACCUGGCUUGAAGCCGGGAAUUUUACGUGCCCGGCAACGAAUCAGAUUCUGAGGAAUUUUGAUCAGAUUCCUAACCACACACUUAGGAAAAUGAUCCAAGAUUGGUGCGUGGAGAAACAGAAUUUUGGAGUUGAACGCAUUCCAACACCGAGAAUCCCAGUCUCCCCAUUUGAGAUCUCAGAGAUUCUUUUCAGUGUUGCAGCUUCAGCGCGGCGAUUGGAUCAAUACAGGUGCUUGGAAUUGGUGCAGAAAAUUGAGAAAUGGGGUGGGGAGAGUGAUCGAAAUAGGAGGUGCAUCGUUGCGAAUGGGGCAGCUGCUGGACUUGCUGCUGCGUUUGAUGCAUUUGCAAAUGCCUCUGUUGAGAGAAAUGCAACUGUGUUGGAAGAGAUUUUGUGUGCACUGAAUUGGAUGUUUCCACUUGAUGUUGAAACCCAAAGAUCCUUUGGAACACAAGCUUCUUUACGUUGCAUGGUUUGGUUUUUGAGGUGCAAAGAUCUUUCACCAAAGCAAAAUUCCAUAGUAGCAUUGAAAGAGCUUGUUUCUUGUGAUCAAAACAUUGUGGAAAAGCUUUCAGACAUGGAGCGGGUGAUUGAAAUACUAGUUGAAUUCAUUAGAAAGCAAAUUUGUCCAAUUAUUACAAAAGCUUCCCUCACGAUAAUUUUCCACCUGAUUUCUUUUCCUUGUUCUAGUGAGAAGAUCAAAUUAACAUUUGUUAGGACCGGUUUGGUUUCUUUAUUGUUAGAGAUUCUUGUUGACUCUGACAAAAGCAUAUGCGAGAAGGCUUUGGGUGCUUUUGAUGGACUUUGUGGCUGCAAAGAGGGGAGAGAAGAGGCUCAAAGUAAUGCCUUGACCGUACCAGUCUUGGUGAAGAAGAUUUUGCGGGUAUCGGACUUGGCGACUGAGUAUUCAAUUUCUGCACUUUGGAAGCUCUGCAAAUAUGGAGGAAGGGAUGAAGGGAGAGUUCUGGUAGAAGCUCUUCAAGUUGGUGCCUUUCAGAAGCUGUUGUUAGUAUUACAGGUUGGUUGUGGUGAUGAGGCAAAGGAGAAAGCAACUGUGCUUAUGAAAUUGUUGAAUCCUUACAGGGCUGGUUUGGAAUGCAUUGACUCUGUAGAUUUCAAGAAUCUCAAACGGUCAUUUUGAAAUUGUGAAGAAAAAAAUUCUUUAUUUGUUGUAUUUGCUGAUUAGUUUCUAGUUUUUUCAAAGUGCAUAAUUAUUGGUAAUAAUUUGUUGUGGACCAUGUACCAAAUUGGUACAAACGUGCCAUGCAGGAGUCGAGUCUAGGUUUAAUUCUUUCCACAUAACACAAAACUUGUGUUUAUAUUUUCAGCCUAUUUGUUUCAAAUCUCAAAUUUGAGGUUUCAAGUUUUGCUACAACUAAUUAAUG